UCGUCAUCACACCGCGGCGGAAGUCGCUCGGGGCCCAGAGCCACGCCUUCUCGACGCGCGGCCUUGGAUACCUGGCGGCCUCUGGCCUCAGGUAACCAUGGACAAGGAAAUGCGGAGUACCAUUCUUUUCAAUGCAUACAAAAAGGAGGUGUUUACCACCAACACUGGCUACAAGUCUCUGCAGAAAAGACUUCGGAGUAAUUGGAAGAUUCAAAGCUUAAAAGAUGAAAUCACAUCUGAGAAGUUAAUUGGGGUGAAACUAUGGAUCACAGCUGGACCGAGGGAAAAAUUUACUGCAGCUGAGUUUGAAGUCCUGAAGAAGUACCUUGACAGUGGUGGGGAUAUCCUUGUGAUGCUGGGAGAAGGGGGAGAAUCCAGAUUUGAUACCAAUAUUAACUUUCUUCUAGAAGAAUAUGGAGUCAUGGUUAAUAGUGAUGCUGUGGUUAGAAAUGUGUAUUACAAGUAUUUCCACCCUAAAGAAGCUCUGGUUUCGGAUGGAGUGUUGAACAGGGAAAUUAGCCGAGCUGCGGGAAAGGCUGUGCCUGGAAUCAUUGAUGAAGACAGCAGUGGAAACAAUGCCCAGGCUCUCACCUUUGUCUACCCUUUUGGUGCCACCCUGAGUGUCAUGAAACCAGCAGUAGCUGUUCUGUCCACAGGCUCUGUCUGCUUUCCCCUUAACAGACCCAUUCUGGCUUUCUAUCACUCAAAGAACCAAGGUGGAAAGCUGGCAGUGCUUGGCUCAUGUCACAUGUUCAGUGACCAAUAUUUAGAUAAAGAAGAAAAUAACAAAAUUAUGGAUGUUGUGUUCCAGUGGCUUACAACGGGGGACAUCCACCUAAACCAGAUUGAUGCUGAGGACCCAGAGAUUUCUGACUACAUGAUGGUACCAGACACAGCCACCCUUUCAGAGCAGCUCCGAGUGUGUCUCCAGGAGGGCGAUGAGAAUCCUCGUGACUUUACCACCCUCUUUGACCUGUCUAUUUAUCAGCUGGACACCACCUGCCUCCCCAAGGUCAUCAAGGCUCACGAGGAGCUAAAUGUGAAGCACGAACCUCUUCAGCUUGUGCAGCCUCAGUUUGAGAUGCCGCUGCCAGCCCUUCAGCCUGCGGUCUUUCCUCCUAGUUUCCGGGAGUUGCCACCUCCUCCCCUGGAGCUGUUUGAUUUAGAUGAAACCUUCUCCUCAGAGAAGGCGCGUCUUGCUCAGAUCACCAACAAGUGUACUGAUGAAGACCUGGAGUUCUAUGUGAGAAAGUGUGGUGACAUUCUUGGAGUAACCAGUAAACUUCCAAAGGACCAACAGGAUGCCAAACAUAUCCUUGAGCACAUCUUCUUCCAAGUGGUGGAGUUCAAGAAACUGAACCAGGAGGCCCACUGAGUGGCAGCCCUUCCG